AUGAUAGGGAUCAAGCUAUGUGGACUGAAUAUUGAGGCAUUAGUUGAUACAGGAAGUGAAGCAUGUGCCAUAUCCAAGAGGUUAUAUGAACAGGUACUGAAAGCAAACAUUAGCUUGCCUAGUUUCCCAGUGAGUGGAGUGAGAAUUGUGAAUGUGUUGGGUGCGAGGAGUAAACCUAUUAAAGAACAAGUGUUGAUUACCUUCGAGAUAGAGGGAGAAGAAUACGAGGCAACAUUUUUGGUGGUGGCUGGACUGAACACAUCAAUUAUUUUAGGAAUGGAUUGGCUGAAUGAAGCUGAUGCAGUAGUGAGUUUUGAUGAAAGUACUAUCAAGGUCAAAGAAGAAAGGGAGAAGAGAAGAGGUUAA